CCCUCCUCAUCGUCGACUCCUCCCAUCAGCCGCUUCGUGGAAGCCGAACAAGGUUUCAUCUUGGGGAGUAACUUAACAACAAUCGCCUCAUUCUCAAAGUUCCAGGCUAAAGAUGUACUUUACAGUGGUGAUCAUCACGCUCCUUUCGCUAUCCAGGAGCUCAUCCCAAGAUGUUUUCCAAAAGAGUAUCAAUCCUGCAGCUUUGUUCAAGAAACUAGCACAGUCCUGUGAUGGCCACAACGGAGGCUGUGGCGCAGAUGACCAGAAUCUCUUGGCGUCAGAAGACAAGGAUACCUCUGAGCACGCAGAUCCGGAAGUCUCCUCACAGCCGAGAGAGACAGGUUGCCAGCCCUACACCCACGCAUGUGUACCUUAUUACCAGUGCAUUGACGGUGAAAUAAAUACCUCUGGAACUGGUUUAAUUGAUGUAAGGAGUAAGCCAUUGAGGGAAUGUACGGAUCCGCAAAAUCCAACCAUACCAGGCGUCUGUUGCCGAAUACCAGGUGCCACUACACCCGAACCCGAAAAGCCCUGUCAAGCUGGCUUAAUAUGUGUAGAACGAAUACAGUGUAAUGCAGAUGGUGCAAUUAAAACAGAUGGCAGUGGUGUCAUCGAUGUACGUGCUCACACAAAGAUUCAGCCUUGUCGUUUAAAUACUAAUUCCUAUGAGAGUGGGGUGUGCUGCAAACCAACGCCACUUGAAGUUUGUCCAAAUUACAAAGACUGCAUACUGGAAUACGAAUGCCAUAGUGUGACUGGGCCCGAGGAGUGUUACAUAGACAAACGUAACGGUGUGCUGGGAGUGUGCUGUGAUCGUCUAAUUACAAACGUUUGUCCAGAGGACGCAGAGUGUAUUCCAGAGUCUGACUGUCUGGGAGAAAUCUGGAACAGUGCCAGGAAUUUUGUAUCCCAUAGGCCAGGUGGUGACUGGUACCCUUGCAUUAGUCCAACUGGCAAUAAAAGGGGUGUCUGCUGUCGAAGAUCAGAUCCUUGUCCAGGGGACUCUGUAUGCAUUCCAGAACCUGAGUGCAAAGGUGAGAUCUGGAACAGAGCACGAACAUUUGCACCAUAUAGACCAAAUGGUGACUGGUACCCUUGCAUUAGUCCAGCUAGCAAUAUAAGGGGUGUCUGCUGUCGCAGGUCAGAUCCUUGUCCAGGGGACUCUGUAUGCAUUCCAGAACCUGAGUGCAAAGGUGAGAUCUGGAACAGAGCACGGACAUUUGCACCAUAUAGACCAAAUGGUGACUGGUACCCUUGCAUUAGUCCAGCUAGCAAUAUAAGGGGUGUCUGCUGUCGAAGAUCAGAUCCUUGUCCAGGGGACUCCGUAUGCAUUCCAGAACCUGAGUGCAAAGGCGAGAUCUGGAACAGAGCACGGACCUUUGCACCAUACAGACCAAAUGGUGACUGGUACCCUUGCAUUAGUCCAGAUGGCAAUAUAAGGGGUGUCUGCUGUCGCAGGUCAGAUCCUUGUCCAGGGGACUCUGUAUGCGUUCCAGAACCUGAGUGCAAAGGCGAAAUCUGGAACAGAGCACGGACAUUUGUACCAUAUAGACCUAAUGGUGACUGGUACCCUUGCAUUAGUCCAGAUGACAAUAUAAGGGGUGUCUGCUGCAGAAGGGAGGAUCCUUGUCCAGGAGACUCUUUGUGCAUUCCAGAAUCUGAGUGCAAAGGUGAGAUCUGGAACAGAGCACGGACAUUCGCACCAUAUGGACCAAAUGGUGACUGGUACCAUUGCACUAUCUCAGAUGGCCGCGGCAGGGGUGUUUGCUGUCGUAGGUCCGAGAUCAAGGAUCCUAAGUACAUUGCAGCUACCGAGUGUGGGAUAAGGAACUACGGACGUGAACAAAGGUCUCGAGGCACUCUAGGAAAGAACGCAGCAUUAUUUGGAGAGUUUCCCUGGCAAGCAAUUCUGUUCUUCAGAAAUUACACCUACAAAUGCGGGGCCUCUAUAGUUGGGAAUAGAUGGUUGAUUACAGGCGCUCACUGUGUUAAUGGCUACACGCACAAAGACUUCAGGGCACGUCUCGGAGAAUGGCAAGUUGAUGUUUAUGAUGAACCACUUCCAUACUUUGACGCUGACAUUUCCCUCAUCUACGCCCACCCAAACUUCAAUGCAGAUAACUUGCGCAACAACAUUGCCAUCAUUGAGCUGGAAACGCCAGUCAAGUUUCAGUACCACAUCAACGCCAUAUGUCUGCCUUCAUACAGUCAGACGCUUAGUCCAGGGACAGUAUGUAUUGCUUCAGGAUGGGGGAAGGAUGCCUUCACGGGAAGCUACCAAGCCAUUCUAAACAGAGUCGAGGUGCCCUUCGUAGGGCACGGUCAGUGCGAAGAGCUUCUGAGGAAGACGAGACUAGGGAGAUUCUUCAAGUUGCACGAAUCCUUCAUGUGUGCCGGAGGAGAGGAGAACAAGGACGUCUGUACGGGAGAUGGAGGUGGGCCCUUGGCUUGCAAGGAUUUGGCAACUGGCAAAUACUACCUUCAAGGAAUAACUUCAUGGGGUAUUGACUGUGGGCAAAAGGAUGUGCCCGGAGUGUAUGCUGAUGUACGGUUCUUCUCCGAAUGGAUUAAGGGCAUCAUUCGCAGAUGAGCUGAUAAGUGUUUUUAUAGAGAUAGAAUUAUAUUCCAAGAUAAACCAAACUAACAUAUUUUAACAUUAGGUCGCUACCAUAAAUUUGUUUUAAAAUGUUACCUUUAUUAAUUUUUAAAAUAUAUUACCUUAAAUUAAUAAAGCUUAUUAUUUCUA